CUUGGGCGGCACUGGCGCGGCCACGCCGGAGCCCUUGUGCGAACCGAGGAGAUCUGAUGAGUUAGCUGGUUGCUAUGGUGAGAGGGCGGGGAGAGCCGCGUCACGUGAGCAGGGUGCUGCUCCCGGCGGUUUGACGUCAGCAGGGAGGGGAGCGCGAGCGCGAGCGCGAGCAGCCAGCCGCUGUGGCGAAGCAGCAGAGCAGCCCCGGCGCAGCCUCUCCGCCGACCUUCCGCGCGCGAGCCAGGCAGCCCGCCGUGUGGGGGUGGGAGCGCGCGCCAAUGCCGGGACCGACCCAAACGCUGUCCCCAAAUGGCGAGAACAACAACGACAUCCUGCAGGAUAACGGCACCAUCAUCCCCUUCAGGAAGCACACGGUGCGCGGGGAGCGUUCCUACAGUUGGGGAAUGGCGGUCAACGUGUAUUCUACCUCUAUAACCCAAGAGACUAUGAGCAGACAUGACAUCAUUGCAUGGGUUAAUGACAUAGUAGCUUUAAACUACACAAAAGUCGAACAACUUUGUUCAGGAGCAGCUUACUGCCAGUUCAUGGACAUGUUGUUCCCAGGGUGCAUUAGCUUGAAGAAAGUAAAAUUUCAGGCAAAGCUGGAGCACGAGUACAUUCACAAUUUCAAACUUCUGCAAGCAUCAUUUAAAAGAAUGAAUGUGGAUAAGGUGAUUCCAGUGGAGAAAUUGGUGAGAGGGCGCUUCCAAGACAACUUAGAUUUUAUCCAGUGGUUUAAGAAGUUCUUUGAUGCCAACUAUGAUGGUAAAGAGUAUGAUCCUGUCAUGGCUCGACAAGGCCAAGAUGCUCUUCCCCCACCAGAUCCCGGUGAACAGAUCUUUAACUUACCAAAAAAGUCCCAUCAUGCAAACUCCCCCACUGCAGGUGCUGCUAAAUCCAGUCCAGUUUCUAAACCAGGGUCCACACCUUCUCGUCCAUCGUCAGCAAAAAAAGCCACACCAAGCAGCUCAGCAUCCAAAUCAGAUAAAGAUUUGGAAACACAAGUCAUACAACUCAGUGAACAGGUACAUUCAUUAAAACUUGCACUCGAAGGCGUGGAGAAGGAAAGGGAUUUCUACUUUGGAAAAUUAAGGGAGAUUGAACUUCUCUGCCAAGAACAUGGGCAAGAAAAUAAUGACCUUGUCCAAAGGCUAAUGGAAGUCCUUUAUGCUUCAGAAGAACACGAGAGCCACACAGAUGAGCAUGAAGGCGAGGAGCAGGUUCAUGAACAGCCCCAGCAGCAGGAAGAAUACUGACCUGUCCAACAUCUUUGACAGUUUUCAUUCUGUAUGGGAACUUUCUUCUGGAGAAAGGAACAUGUGUGGCCUCAAACUCAAAACCAGUCACUCCCAGUCUGCCAUUAACAUUUAUGUACCGUAGUGAGUGCCAGCAAACCACAGCAUUCUGUACCCAUAUUUUGCCAAGAUGCAUUUGCAGAAGUCUUCUUUCAGUGUGUCUACCUGAGAGGUCUUAGGGCUACAUCACCUACUGUACAUCACUGCAACUUCACCACUUGGCUGCUUGAGAUUCGUUCCGCUUUUUAAAAAAUAUAUAUAUUUAUUUUUUCUUUUUGUCUUAAGUAUGAUACAUUUGUAAUUUGUUCUAAAAUGUUUAUAUUGGCAUCUCUUGUGGCAAGAAGUACUGUACCACUAGAUGUGUUUGUCACUUGGUGGUGCUUUGGUAUUUUCUAGUACAUCUGCCUCGGGGCAUAAAUUUGGUCAAACAAUUGGAACAAAGGGAUACAUUAGAAAUGAUACUCAAGCUAUAAUGAUGAGGUGUGUGUUGUGGAGGGAAAAGGCUUAUGUGACUCAUAUCGUUCCUAUCCUGUAUUCACAAAAGAGACUGCAAAGCAACAGUUUCCCUAAUAAAGAUUUAAACCCCCCUGAGUGUUUUACACCAAAGCAUGUUAGAAAGCUGCACGAUAUGUUUUUAUUUCUGGAAGAUACGUGUCUACUUAGCUGUUUGAAAGUCCUCUCAACUUCCUGACUUUUCAACAGAAGCUUUCCCUGCUUCUUUCUUUUGAAGGACCUGUAUUUAUUAGAAAUUCUGUUGCUGCCUCCAGCUCAGUGCUGAUUCGGGAGACGACAAUCUCUCUCCUGCAGCUGCAUCUGCAGAAUGCCAUCUCUGACCUUAUAUUCUGCCUGCCACUCCUACGAAUGAGGAUCAAAUGGGUCAACCAUUCCUCUUUCCUACUCUUGCCUCCUCUCCCCUUGGCCAUACACAUAUGGAAGAUGAAGACUUCCUUACUGGGGCUAGGCAUAUCCAAGGUUGAUUUGCAGCAAACCAGCUGCAGAACAAGUCUUGAAACUCUUAAGAGAUUCUCCUUUUAAACAUGAAAUGAUUUGAAUACUGAUGAAGGCAUAUUUUCCCCAUUGGUGCUUAGGCCACUCUGCAUGCUUAGUGAACCAGCCAGAAGUCCUGUUAGAGGUAAAGAACAUAUUAGCAGGGGAUCACCUGCAAGGGACAAAAACAGUUCUGCAGACUGACUGACCUCACUGCUGGAUAGGUUGGCCCAGUGCAGAGCUAGACUUUAGAGACUUCUGUACCAAGGGUGUUUCCUCUUAAUUAGGGUACUUGUUAUCCUGUUCUAAAUUAUGGCAUUUUGUUGGCAGAAAUAUAGCAUAAAAUACAUUUAAAAGCGUUCCUUAUUUUAAAAAAAUCUUAAAAUAGCACAUUUUUGUUCUAUUUCUGAAUCGGUAUUGCCUUUCUUUUACACCUGGUGUUCCUGGCUUCCAUCGCUUGAUUUCUUAAUUCUAGAUUUAUUACUUCGGUUAUUUGAUUUGGCAGGCACAAGGAAAAGUCUCAUCCCAGGCUACUAUCAUUGAAAAGCUCAAUAAAACCUUCUGAAUGGUGUAUCUUUUUAAAAAUCUUUAUGGAGUUGCUUUACUGAUUAAGCUCUGGUACUAAAUUUAUACUGAAGCAGAAGGUUUUUUAAUUUAAAAAAAAUCUUCAGUUCUCAAAUCUUUUGCAACAAUGUUAAUCUAAUUUAGUUAAAUGUGAGCAAUCACUCCUACUGAGUUUCAUACCACAACCAGUACAUAAAAUACCUUUAAACAUUAGAACAGGUGUUUCCAUUUCCUCAAUUGCUCCCUUGGCUCAGCAGCAUAGUAUCCAGUCCCUGUGGUUUAAGAGUUUUCUGGCCUUGACCUCACUUCCUAUCCAAUAAUAGGUAGUGAAAGUGCUGUACCCUGCAAUGUAGCACUUUCAUUGCGAUUUUUAGUUUAAUUGAUUUGCUUGGUUUCAAUUAAAAUCCUAUAUGUAAAGCAAAUUAAAAAGUGAGGAGUUUUUUAUAAGGAUAUAAUGUCAGCAUUUAGGGCACAGUUCUUAAUUUUGUCUCAGAAAUUUCCAUUAGCAUCUGGGGAAGUUCUGGUGGCGCAAGGAAUUCAGGAUCAGACCCUACCCAUCUACUGGCAUCAGCACCAGAUUGUGAUCACUGAUACAAUUCCAUCAUCUUUCCAAUUAUAGGCAAGCAGACAUUGAAGAGUCUUCCUUAAAAAGUGUUUUUCCAAGGCUACAAAAUGGUUAGAUUUUUCUGCUUGCGAGGUGGUUCUCGACAAGGCUACUCUACCCUACCCUUUUCAGCUAUAAGUAUAAAAAAAAAAAAAAAAAAGCCAACCUGUCCUUUCCUCCCUUUCUUCCUACUCUGCCUUGUAAUUGGUCUGAGGAGUAUAACCCUUUCACUGCUUUGUAUCAGGCAGGAAGUGAUUGAUGUUGGGCACAGGAAUGGUAGUUACCUUCCCAAGCCAGAGAGCCUCAAAUGUGGUGAGGAGUGAUUCUCUGGAAGGGGAUAGAGUUGUCCUGCCUGGGUGAGUAACACCAUUAUUCCGUUAUGGUUUUAAUAUGCAUUUGUAAUUACUUUUACUAAAUAGCACACCAUAAAGCUUUGGUUAUAUAUUAAAUGUAAACUGAAAGGAAUGUAAACAUAUGUAUUGUUAAUUAUAAAUAGAUAAGUAAUGACAUCAUAGAUGCAAAAAGUCUUAUUCGGAUGUAUCAGUCAUUUUACAUUACCCACAAAUUGUCGCAUGGUAGAGUAGAUUUUUUUUUUUUGGUCUCUGAAUAUGUGAAUAACUUGACUUGCGUUUAUCUUUUUACAUAUUUAAUAAAAAAAAGUAUAUGUUAAAAUCUGUGUAGCUCUAGAGACUAUUCAAAAUAGUUUAAAGUGGUAGUUUUCUAUUUAUAUAUUAAACUGUUUCAUUAUUAAUUGCAAAUGCGAGCAAGGGGAAAAAAAGCCAAAUGCUUUAAAAGGAAAUGUGGUUCAUAAUGUAUGUAGAAAUCUCUUUUCAGGAGCCCAACAACUGUAUCACCCUUCCACAAAUCUCAGGAUGAGAUGAAUGAAAAUAUAAAAAAAAAUAAAAUAAGAUGCAGAGUAUUCUUUUGGCAAACUCUU